CAACCCAUGUUUUGAGUUCAAACAAUCGAAGUCAGCUAGAAAUACUUGGCAACGCCGAAGUCAAUACUUAACAAUCUUUUAUAAUUAUACGAGUAGUCAGUAAACUAGAACGCUUUAGAGUUCUUUGAUUUCAACCUUAUAUAUUUGCAUUAACAAUGUCGCUGGUCUACAUCACCCAUCACGAUGAGAACAUCCUGGGCUGUGAGCACGAGUUUGAGAGAGCCGUGGGACCCAAGGAAUCGAUAUUUGUCUACAAAAAUCCUAUUGUGGAAAGGGCAGCCAAGUAUGCCAGGGAUCUGCGGGAACGCUUUAAUGUGGAGGACAAGAAGCUGUCGGUUAUUCUGCAGAACGAUGGCACCCGCGUCCUAACCGAGGCCAAGAAAUCCCUGCAUCGAACUAUGGGGUGUGCCCACACUCCGAUUGAUCCACCGUGCGCCUUUCUGCGCAAAAAUCAGGGCAUCAAGUGGCGGCGGGAGAACACCCACAAGUGCCCCAAGAUGCCGCCGAUGCCUCCACUUCCACCAGCGGGAAGUGGCGGCCACAAGCCGACCAUGGCGCCCAAUUUCAUCAAACGCAACAAGAUGUGCGCAAGGGAGACCAUACCCUGUCCCCCGCCACCUCGCUAUGUAGACACCCCCGGUGGAACUCGUCACAAUCUACUGAAUUCCGGUUUGGUGCCGCAGUUCAUCUGCCGCAAGGAUUUCGGCAAGGUUCCUGUUUACCUCAAGAAGACGAAGAGGAUGCUGGCCGAUAUGAAUGCGGUGUGCGCCAAGGAACAGGCACGCCUGUUGGAGCUGUGCCGCGGUAUAAAGGGAUUUACCAGGGCCUCCGUCGACUUGGGUGGUCCACCGGAAAUGCCAGGAAUGCGAGUGAUGAACCAGCCGGAGCGCAAUGAGAUCCUUGAGGGAUUACGCAUGAGCCUGACCGAGAUGACCAAGCAAUAUCAGUCCAUGUCGCUGCUCAUCGACAGCAUCGCCAAGCGGCAGCGCAAGAGCAAACUCGAGUCCGAUCUUCGCCAGGUGGAGCAGGAUAUUCUCCUGAUCGAGACCACUCCCAUUAUCUAUGUUUCCGAGUACUAGCGUUGUAAUUUUCAUUCAUUUUCCGUCGUGUGUUGGCAUCUGUCAGCCGAGUAAGUCGUCUUCUUUUGGAUUCACUUGCUCUGCUCUCAGAGGCGGACACACAAAAAGCUUUGUAGUUUAGGUUGAAAAUAAAUUUAACGUUUAUGCAGUUAA